AUGAAGCUCGUUAAACGAGGCAUCGAAAAGAAUGGGCCGGGGUAUGUUGCUCUUAUUCCUGACGAUGCAGAAGAUAUGUGGCAUAUCUAUAACCUGAUUCGAGUAGGCGAUAUUGUUCGAAGUAAGACAUUUAGAAAGGUUGUAACUGAAACGUCAACUUCAACGUCUAGUCAGAGGAUGCAAACUGUACUCACCAUUCGUGUGGAAACGAUUGAUUUCGAACCUGGAGCAAACGCUCUCCAUCUCAAGGGUAGAAAUGUAGAGGAGAACAAUCUAGUGAAGCUUGGAGCAUACCAUACACUUGAUUUGGAACCUAAUCGAAAAUUUACGCUUGAAAAACUAGAAUGGGAUACCAUUGAUUUAGAACGUCUUGAUACAGCACUUGAUCCAGCUGCUCAGGCAGAUGUUGCCGCCGUGGUUCUUCAUGAAGGACUGGCACAUGUGUGUCUUCUGACUCCGGCCAUGACUUUAGUACGUGCAAAGAUUGAUAUGCAAAUUCCUCGGAAACGAAAGGGGUUUACAAGUCAGCAUGAAAAAGGCAUCCAGCGUUUUCUUGAUGCCGUUUCGGCUGCUUUUUUACGACAUGUGAACUUCAACGUAGUAAAAUGUGCACUUAUUGCCAGCAGAGGUUUCUUGAAGGAGCAGUUUUUUCAGCAUUUAUUGCAAUAUGCUGACGCGCAAGGCAAAAAGAUUACAUCUGAGAACCGUGGAAAAUUCGUGCUAACCCAUUCAAGCAGUGGAUUUAAGCAUGCGCUAAAAGAAGUAUUAGAGGACCCUGCUAUUGCUAUUCGUCUGGCGGAUACGAAGGCUCAAGGUGAGGUGAAAGCACUGAAUACUUUUUUCGAGUUGAUGUCCACAGAACCUGAUCGAGCAGUCUAUGGCUAUAGGCAUGUCGCCAUGGCAAAUGUAGAACAAGCUAUAGAUACUCUACUACUUUCGGAUUCGCUCUUUCGAUCACAGGAUCUGUCCACUAGAAAGCGCUAUGUAGCGCUUGUGGAAGAUGUUCGAAAACAGAGCAGUACUGUGCUCAUUUUUUCGUCAAUGCACGUAUCCGGCGAACAAUUAGGCUUACUCACCGGUUGUGCGGCAAUAUUGCGCUUCCCAAUGCCCGAUAUAGGAGAAGACACACUAAGCGAUGAAGAAUCUUAA